UUUCGGUGCCUGAAAUUUUGUACUGUUUUAAAGUUUGGUGCAAGCGAAGCCAACACGUAUUUCUUUUGAUCCUUCAAAUGGGAUCCACGUUCUAUAACGUAGUUUUAGCUGCAAUUGUACUUGUGAAUACAACUAUCACUGUAACAGGUUGCCCUCAUGGAUGGGUGGAAUUUACAGAGAGCUGCUAUAAUUUUAUUUAUUAUCCACCAUUACAAUAUACAGAGGCUAAAAGGACUUGUCGGACUUACGGAUCAUAUCUUGUCAGCAUCAACACAGAUCAGGAGUUCAACUUUAUCUCAGAGUGGCUAAAAAAACAUGAAAAAAAUAGGCUUAACCAAUGGUGGACGAGUGGAGUAGUUGAAGAUAACUCUGUGAUCUGGGAAGGGGGCGCUACUGGGAACAUAUCUAUGAGUAAAAACUGGAUUGAUAGUGGCUAUACAGACAACUUCGAAAAUGGAAAUAUUAUCACGUUAGCACAUUCAACUUCAUUCAACACCUUCAAGGCAAGUACGGCAAAGCCCGAAGCCAAUCUGGCAUACAUAUGUAAAAUCUCCAGGAAUGAAGUUUACAGACUUCUUCAACAAGAUAGAGACCAUAUGUACGGCACAAACAUCACAAACCCAAACGAUGUACAAUACGGGCCAAAAAUUAUUAUUCAGCCUAAGACGGUUAUCGUAGCUGGGACUACAGACAACGUUGAAUUAGAAUGUGUUGCAGUUAGCAACCCUCGCCCAUCCUACAACUGGUACAAGGUUUCUGAUACUGGCACCACAGAUAUGCUCGUCUCUGACAGCCACCACAUCAUCUCAAAUGGAAAACUUUUCAUCUCUGAUCCAGUAGAGGCAUUAGACGACGGAACAUACUACUGUGCUGCUUCAAACUCACUGGGAACUGUUUUAUCAGAACCUGUACAAAUUCAUUUUGGAUAUCUACAAGAGUUCUCCAAUGUUCAGCCAAGUUCUGUAACUGCCCACAUGUACAAUGGCAUAGAAAUUCCAUGCUCUCCUCCUUUGUAUAAUCCAGCUAUUAGCAUAAAUUGGUAUAAGGAAGAUGGAGGGCCAAACUUUUUAAGGACAGAUCUACACCCACAUCUGUUUGUGUCAAUGAAUGGAAAAUUAUACUUGUCAGAAACUUCAGCACAAGAUGCAGGAUCUUAUCAUUGCUUUGUAACUCUGGUACCAAUGGUCAGUCAACAGCUGGCAUCACAUCAGCCUCCUAGUAGAACAAGCCUAGGCAUUGGUUUGACCAUCGCCGGAGGAUCACCAAGUGAAUAUGGUCCAGAAAUUCAUGAUGAUUUUCCUGUAGCCUUUCCUGUCCCAUCACUAAGAGGGGAAGUACUAACAAUAGAAUGCUUUGCUUAUGGAAAACUACCUUUGUAUUACUCCUGGAAAAAAGACAAUGGCCCAUUACCAAACAAAGCAGUGAUAUCUGACCAUGGACGUGUCAUAACUUUUCCUGAUGCUCAACUAGAGGAUGCUGGGAACUACACCUGUAGGGUAGAGAGGGGCAGCAGUGGUGUGGCUGAGAAAUCUUUUGUCUUAGCUAUACAAGCCAAGCCUUUCUUCACCUCCACACUAAAAGACCAGCACAUAGACAUUGGCAGUCAGCUGACUUGGCAAUGUGAUGGCAUGGGGGUCCCUACUCCUGUUUACACCUGGUACAAGAAUGGCCAGAUGCUGUCCAGCAUAGAAGGGGAUUUACAAAUAGUUUCAAGCACUUUGACUAUUUUCAAUGCUGACCCUUCACAACACCAGGGAAUGUAUCAGUGUAGAGCUACUAACAUUCAUGGGACGGCUUUCAGCACUGCUCAACUUCGUGUGCUGGCAUUCAAGCCAACAUUUGCAAGGAAUCCCAUGAAGCCAUCCCAGAUGGCCACAGUAGGGGGGUCAGUGAUGCUGGAGUGCCAGCCUGAAGCAGCACCUUCCGCCACCAUCACCUGGGAGAAAGAUGGCCUUCAGCUGGCCACAAGUCCAGAUGGCCGAUGGGUUCAGCUUUCCAAUGGAAACUUACAAAUAAAAGAGUUACAGACAAGUGAUCAGGGAUCCUAUCAGUGUACAGCUGUAAAUAAUUUAGGAUCUGACAGCAGUUCAGGAAAGCUAACUGUUGUUGCACAAAUAGUUAUGAGUGUCAUCCCAGUCAACACUAGAGUUGAUGUCAAUGCCACAACAUUUCUGGCAUGUCAGGCUUCCUAUGACAGCAAAAGGAAAGAAGUCGUCUAUGUCUGGGACUUGAAUGGGAGGCCUAUUGAUUAUGAUAUUGAGCCUCACUUCACCAUGGCCUCGAGUGGUGAAGUCUCUGGUUUGUACAUCACAAAUGCCCAGGUUUAUCACACUGGACUCUAUGGAUGCUCUGCUGUGUCUGUUGAUGAAGUUGUGAGGGUCACUGCAUACUUAACCGUUUUUGGUCCACCAGGAGAGUGUGGUGGUGUUGUUGCAGAGGUCAAAGGUGACAAUGUGACACUGAAAUGGGUGAUGGGCCCUAACAAUAUGGCAGAGAUAUCUAAAUUUCACAUAGAAUACAACACAGUGGUGAACACACAGUGGCGGGUACUUGAAAAAGAUAUUCCACUUCUGGGAGCAAUAGAUCACAACAGAGAUGACCGUUGUUUAUACCAUGUGAUAGGUUUAAAACCUGGCUCAUCAUAUAGGUUCAGGGUUGUUGCCUACAAUAGGUUUGGACCUGGCCCAGCUUCUCUACCUUCCACUAUAUACAAGAUACCGGACUCAGCACCAGUUGUUGCAGUCAAUAAAAUAUACGAAGGAUGGGGACCUGUUGGUACAUUGGCUAUAGAAUGGGAGCAACUGAAUGAAGAAGAUCUUACAGGUGAAGGUAUUGGCUAUAAACUAUAUUACAGAAAAAAUUCUACAGGAACGGAAUCUUUGUGGAGUACUGCUGAGGUUUUGGGGCAUACAAACACCUUUUCUGCAUUAGUGGGUGCCGAAAACUAUUACCUGGCGUACGACGUAAAAAUUAGUGCAUUCAACAACUUAGGCCAUGGACCAAAUUCUUCUGUAGUGGUGAUUAUGUCACAAGGAGAUAUGCCAGUGGGAGUUGCAACAAACCUAAAUGCUGAAUCUUACAAUGCCACUGCUGUUGUGCUGGAAUGGACACCAGUCCCGUUAAUAAGAGAAUUUGUUCGAGGAAAAGUAAUAGGAUAUGGGAUCAACUACUGGGAGGAUGUUGAUGGAGCAAGUCUAGACUCAGCCAACAUGUAUUGCUCUGAAGACUGCGGGUCUGUGAUUAUAAUUGGUCUACAACCUGACAGCUACUACUGGUUCAAUGUCCAGGUGUUUACUACUGCAGGCAUGGGGACACUGAGUGAAGACACCUAUGGUUCAACAUUUGAUGCCCCUUUGGCCAGUUAUCCUGAGUAUGUGCAAGUCCACUCACAUAGAACAAGUUCUGUCUUUGUCAUGUGGAAUGGAGUGUCCAACUUGCCUGGAGAAGAAACCAUCUUGGGGUACAUGGUGUGGUGGUGGCCUUCUACUGAAGACAUCCGCACUGCCAACAUCACAACAAUGGAUGAGAAGCAGACGUACGGAAUCAUCCAUGGCAUCGAGCCUGGGAUCAUCUACUCCCUGAGGGUGAUGGGGUACAGUUAUGCUGGUUAUGGGGCCAGCAGUCCUUCUGUUUAUUUUACCUUAGAAGGAGAAGUUAUGUAUAACCCAGAAACAACAGAAAUUAUGAAUACCUGUACUAAACAGACCAGCAACUAUUCUGUGAUGUCAGUCACAUUAGCUUUAUAUUUUAUUUUUAAAAAUUAUAUCUUCAGCUAAAGUAAACAUAAUCUGGAAAAUAAAUUACUUCUCAAUUAAAGACCUUAUGUAAGUAAAGGCUGCUAGGCAAAGUGCUGACCACACCUUCCCUUCAUAUGCCAAGAUCAACUAAAAUAUGUACUCUAUUUCAUCUGCCCAAUGGAUCACUAGGUCUAAAGUGGUAUCUUUAACUCUUUUAAGACCUCAUGAAUAUUAGAGAGUUGAAAACUAAAGAGCUUAAUGAUAUAUGCUUCCAGUUUUUAAAUCAUGAAAUUAAAAUCAAUACUUAAUAUUAUGAAAAUGUAAUGACGCGCGAACUAAGAAAGCAUUUUAAAUUUUAGUUGAAUGAUUGAAAUGACAAUAAUUAUUUAUACAUUGGUAUGUGCAAUUUUGAAUACUUUACAAUCAAUGACUAUAUACAGAGGACAAUUUGAGGUCCCUGUAAGUGUGUACAGCUUUGUUAACUUUUUAAAACUGUAAUGGUUUUUUAUUUUAGGAUAGUCAACUAAAUAUUAUGGCUUAUAUUAUUAUUUACAUGACAAAGUUAGAGAGUAAAAAAAUUUGGAUGAAUUAGUGGAGUUACUGGGUUGGGUGUCAACCAGUGAAAUGCUCAAGGUUGGCACCCCUUCCCCCAAACUCCUUUUAAACCUAUUUGCUUUCUACUUUUGGUAUCAACACCCCUAUUCCAUUUUUUAUUAUAUCUAAAUUAAACAUUGUCUUGUCUGUAAAUUAGUUGUUAAAAGUUGGUGUCACAUCAUCAUCAAGUGUGGAUGAUACAACCACUGUCCCAAUUAAUUAGUGAUACCAUUUAUAAAUACUUUACUUUUCCUGACUGUCCUCAACACAUUUUCUGGUGAGAAUUUAUCCUUUAUGUUGUGUUUUAUGAUGAUGGGAUGUCACAGAGUGGGUCACUGAUGAUGGGAUGUCACAGAGUGGGUCACUGAUGAUGGGAUGUCACAGAGUGGGUCACUGUUGAUGGGAUGUCACAGAGUGGGUCACUGAUGAUGGGAUGUCACAGAGUGGGUCACUGAUGAUGGGAUGUCACAGAGUGGGUCACUGAUGAUGGGAUGUCACAGAGUGGGUCACUGAUGAUGGGAUGUCACAGAGUGGGUCACUGAUGAUGGGAUGUCACAGAUUGGGUCACUGAUGAUGGGAUGUCACAGAUUGGGUCACUGAUGAUGGGAUGUCACAGAUUGGGUCACUGAUGAUGGGAUGUCACAGAUUGGGUCACUGAUGAUGGGAUGUCACAGAGUGGGUCACUGAUGAUGGGAUGUCACAGAGUGGGUCACUGUUGUUGUUUGCUCAUCUGAACAUGUUUGAUCAUUGUAAUUAUUGAAUAGUAGCAGAUUGUUGGUGUAAAAUUUUUUUCUACUUUGACUACUUUGUUGUAGAUAUAAUAAUAUGAAUAUUUAUGUUAUUAAAAUAUGUAUGUAUGUGUGAGCAUUUGCAAGUGAUGUGUGUGCGAAGUUUGUUCAUGAUUUUUUUU